AUGAAACAUUUUCUCGAAGUAUAUAAUUCCUCAACGCAUUCUACAACAGGACAUACACCAAAUUCAAUGACACAACAACAAGAAGAAAAGUAUAUACAAAAGAAACGAAGUCAAACACAAAAUAUCAGAAAUUCAACACAAUUUACCCUCAUUCCUGGAACAAAAGUUCGUGUAGUUCUUGACGACAAACCGUUGACAAAGAAACGUUUAAGGUUAAGUAGAAACUAUUAUAUCGUAGACUCUACGCAAUGUAAUGGAUAUCUUAUAAAAGCUGUUGACGACUCCAUUGCGUUUUAUCCUCGUCAUAAAUUAGUUGAAAGUAGUAAUGGCAAACUUGCUGAAACCAUUGACGAAGCAAAGCGAGGAGUGGUUAUUGAAAUACUUGGCUAUAACAUAAACGAUGACACUUAUAAAGUAAGAUAUGAAGGAGGCGUUGAAGAUGUUAUACAAUCUAAGAACUUGAGAGAGUCGAAGCCAACACAUCUGGGACCAUUAGAGCGGGAGUACUGGAAAGACAAAAAUAUGCCAGAAAGAAUAAGAAAAUUCUUCUAA